AUGCCAGACCGGCAGGCUGUCGGGCUCAUCUACAGACGAAGACCGGAGCUUGAUGCGCAGAUCGCAGCUGAGCUCGCCGCUGAGGCCGCUGAGGGCGGAGUGACGGCCAACGAUAUGCUGACUAACCGGCGGAUCCGGAGGGAUCUCCUGCGGGAUUACGAGUCGAGCCAGGUCGCGGCAUUCUUCAGACAGGCAGAGUGCAGCGAACAGUAA